GUGUUCACUGUAGCAGAAUUGCAGUGCACAGGACUGUACAGAAUUGGGGAGCAUCCACACAGUCUAUGAGGGUGCGGUCCGGCUGCACUGAAAGCAACAACACAGACAGAUAGAGAAAGAGAAGGAAAGAAGAGGAGAGAGACAUCACCACAAGAGGAAUACAUCAAGGGAUGAAAGGAGACACCCCUGUGAACAGCACCAUGAGCGUCGGUCAGGCUAGGAAGCUGGUAGAACAGCUGAAGAUUGAAGCCAGUUUUUGCAGAAUCAAGGUUUCUAAGGCAGCAGCAGACUUGAUGGCCUACUGUGAUGCCCAUGCAUGUGAGGACCCUUUCAUCACCCCUGUGCCCACUUCAGAAAACCCAUUCAGAGAGAAAAAGUUCUUUUGUGCUCUUCUCUAAGCAGGACACAUGAAGAACAGGAUUAGUCUCAUUUAAAUUAUAAUGAUUUGUGUAUGCACAUCACACAACACAACACCUGACAAGACACAACACAGCCAAAUAAAUCCAAAAUUACGCUUCAAUAAAAUGGAGAGAAAUGGA